AAUAUAGUUAAUUUUGAUGGGAAACAUGAGUUAAUUAUUACCACGCUUCCUGAGACUAAAAGUAUAAAAUGAAAGAGAGUCCAUCUUAGAAUCACACAUCUACAGACAUUUACAGAACUGUUGGGAUGAAAUACCUCUUUGUCCUCGUGUGUGUGUUCUGUGCAGCUGCUGCCAAAAAUUAUGGAGGAGGCGGUGGAGGUAUAGUAUGGGGAGGAAGAUCCAUUGGAGGAAUAGCAGGACUUGGUGGCGGACCUGGUGGAGUGGGAGGCGGAUGGAUCGGAGGUGGCCGACGAGGUGGAGGAGCAAUAAUAGGCGGAGGUGGUGGUUGGCCGGGUAGUGGAGGCAACGGUGGUAUAGGUGGUAUAGGUGGUUGGCCAAGUGGGGGCAACGGUGGUAUAGGUGGUGGGCCAAUCGGAGGUGGUGGCGGAUGGCCAAGCGGAGGAGGUGGAUCACUCGGUCCUAGUGUAGGAGGAGGAGGUUGGCCAAGUGGGGGUGGUGGUAUUGGUGGUGGUCCAAUCGGAGGUGGUGGUAUUGGUGGUGGUCCAAUCGGCGGUGGAGGUGGAUGGCCAAGUGGUGGAGGUGGAUUACUCGGACCUAGUGUUGGAGGAGGUGGAUGGCCAAGUGGUGGCGGUGGUAUCAUUGGAGGAGGAGUCAUCGGUGGAGGUGCAAUCGGCGGUGGUGGAUGGCCAAGUGGUGGCGGCGGCGGUAUUAUUGGAGGUGGAGGCAUCAUCGGCGGAGGUGGCAUAAUUGGAGGAGGAGGCGGAAGAAAACGUGGCGGCUACUAAUUGUGACGAACAGCUGACUCAGUGAGGAAUCCCAAACGAUCUGUACAACUUUUAAUUUUAUGAAAUCUCAUUAUGUUUUUAUCAGUGAAAUAUACUCUUUUGCAUUCA